AACGCCACCACAGAAACUCGAAGCUUAAAAGAGAAACAUCAAGUUUGUCCCUACAUGCUUGCCAUACUGUCAAGUCUCUCUCACAUGACUUUCCACUUGUGACUCGCAUUCCUGACCAAAAAUGCCGUUUAUGAAAUGUGAGAUAUGAAUAGUUUACAUUCAAUAUACUAUGAAUAUAUAUGGGUAGUCGUGACAUUGUGUAAGCUGUAUUUAGCGAAACUAAGUUAACUGAUGAAGUAAUUCGGUUAAACUUCAGUGCAACACACGUGAGUUUCCUGUGCUCUGCGUUGCGCAAGUCAACAACGAUCACCGCCAAUGGCUGGAACAAAUGCUGUAAAUGAUUCAAGACGAUGCCUUUUCUUCUUCCUCUAUGAUAGUUCAAAGGUGCAAGAGGAAGGAGACCAGACAAGAGAUGGCAUAUACUACUUCUAUCCUGAAGAUACACCAGCAGACCAUCAGGAUCUCCUCUGCGGACAGCUGGCCGGUGUGUGUCGUUGUGUGUCCGAGCUGUCCACAUCUCCUGUACGCCUGCUGCGUCUGCGCAAGAGCAAAUAUGCAGUUCGCAUGAAGGAUAAGUUUAUUUGGGCUUUAAGCUGUGUGGGAGACAUUCCAGAUGUGAGCGUAUGUGACUUUUUAGAUCAGCUGAUCAAUCUAUUCUGUUUUUAUAAUGGACCGGUGCGUCAAAGCUACCAGUUAAACAGUAAAGUGGAGUUAGCAUCAAGAUGGGCCAAAUACCUCUGUCACCUGCAGGGCGGCUCCACUGAGCUGCACAAUAUCUUUAGCUGCUUGAAGACUGUUGAUUCUUUGAAUAUUGAUCCUCUGCUGCUGUUGAAAGCUGCGCUUAUUCUACAGGCAUGUCAGCGAUGCCCUCUCGUGUUAGCAGGUUGUAUCCUGUACAGGGGCAGGGUGGUGAGUACUCAGAUGCCUCCUGCCCUGACAGUGAAGGUGAUGGUGUACGAGACAGAAACUUACAGCCAGGACCACAGGGUGACAGCCAAUGGCCUGAGCUCAACUGUGGCCACACCCCACUCAGUCACAGUUACUGCACAGGUGUUUCUGACGACUACUGAACUGCAGAUGCUGUGCGGCUCCCCAGUGGAUAGAGCAUGCAGGUACAUCCAAAAAAAGUCUCAUUGCGCUCAACCUCCAUGCCAAUCUAGAAAGUCCCGCCUCCUGUCACGCACUUUAUCUGACAUCCGGACCAUAGAUACAGACUCACCAAACCUAGAACCCACCCAGUGUCCCUCAAUCUCCGAUCAGACGACGUCAUCCUCUCCCCGCUCCUCUCUUUCCGAUGAGAUGUGUUUCAGUCCCUCCCCCUCAGUGCUAAACACCCCCCUUCACUCCAGCCUUAUGAACCAAUCAGAAUAUUUCACUCCAGAGUCACAUGACCACAACACGCCGAAUGGCACAAACUCGUCCAAGGAACAAUGUAUAACAGAAAGUUUGAAUAGAAAUGAUAAAAGCGAUAUAGAUGAGAAUCUGGAGACAGGAAGUUUACACUCAUGGACCAAAAUUAAAAGUGAAGUUGUACAUUUAGAUCAGGAUCUUGAUGCCAAAGCACUCAAAAAUGGUUAUCAGUUGCAGUCGAAUUGUCUUGAAAACCAUUUAGACGUCUCUUACCAUGACAAUCAGAUUGACAUGACCGAAGGACAACGAUUGGACGCUCCCAAUCAUGUGACCAAUGGAAACAAUGAAUUCCACGGAGAUACAGAGAAAGAGGCAAGAGAAAACAGUGAGCAAGUAGAAAAGUCAAAACAAAGGCUUAAGGAAAAUGAAUCCCCAUUACACAAGACCCUUACAGACCCUUCUCUGGUGCGCACAAUAUUGUACCAGCAUAGAGUCAGAGGUCUUGUCCUUGCACUUUUGGUGGAGCCGGAAUUCAUCACGGAUGCCACCGCCAGGGAGGAAGUGUAUAACAGCAGUAUGGCAUCUCUGAAUGGGCUUGAAGCUCAUCUGAGGAAUACCUCACCCUGGACCCCCAGCCCCCCUGGACCCUACACCUUCGCCCACUAUGACUGCAUUCAAAACACACUUACUACUAAUGUAUGUGGGCGCUCCGCUGGACCCCAGGAUCGUGCAUUUGUGAGGGCCACAGCACUGCUCCAUUCUCAUUUUUCAGAAACAGACACUCUACAAGAGGCCAUUGUCAGGAGUGCUAGUUCGGCAGUGUAUGGGACCCGUAGCGCUGCCCAGGAAACGUAUUUCCUCCAGCAAGGAACACCAGUCAGAAACUCUGGAAGUCCUGAUGCCCAGGACAGCGCUUUCUCUCUGCCCAAAAAAGCUCGCCAACGGUUGCUUAAACAUGGAGUUAACCUGCUCUAACUGAAGUCUGCAUACUGAUCUUCACAAUGUAUUUAUGUAUCUCAUACUGCUCAGAAUGUGAUUAAAGGAAUACUGCACCCAAACUGAUUUUUUUACUUACCGACCAUGUCAUUCCAAAGCAGUAUGAUUUUCUUCUGUGGAACCAAAUAGCUGUGUCCCAAUUCGAAGGCUGCGACGUACAGUAUAUAUGCUUAGAACGCAUUCUUAUAACGAAUAAAAGCUGUGCCAAUUCAAAGGCUGCUUAAAAUGAAGCCUCAAAAUGUGUCCUUUAUCCUGCUUAAGGAUAGAACAAAUGGAUCCUUUAUAGCCGAGGCUAUCCCGAGAUUCAUUGCACGCCUGUAACGGCUGAAUAUAACGGCUGGAUAUGUUAAAAUAUACAUUUAAACAUUUGUUAAAUAAAUGUGUGUAUUUAGCAGAAAAAAAGUUUCUUGUCAAUGUUAAGUAUUGUAAGUUGUUUUGUAUUAAUAAUAUUCUGUGUAUGUUACGUAUAUUUCUAAGGUUGAAUAAUUUAAUAUACUGUUGGUUAGUUUAAUCUACAUCAACGUGUCGUAUUUCCUCAAAUACAAUUUAUGUUUUUCAGGUUCCAUAUUUAUUUUAAUAAAUCAAAAACGUCUCCGCUGUGUCCCACUGACAGGCGCGGGGGGGCGCGUGCAGCAUGUGACGCACAUUAUGGAUCCUCUGAAGGCGGAGGCUGCGACCUUCAAAGACCGAGUGCUCGCCUUCUAAGGUCGCGUCCUUAGAAAAUCGCAAGCUUCGAAUUAGGACAGCUAAUGAAUGUGUUUUUUUCUGUUUUUGUUUUUUUUAUAAAUGACUUGGUUCUUUAUCAUAUAAUAAAAUUAAUGUAGGGUGACAAAAGCACCAUAAAACUAUCCUAAAAGUCAACCAAAAGGACGAUCUUUUCAAAUCUUAUUUUAAAUCAUACAGAAGUAACUAAAAGUGUACGUGACAGAGGAUCUAUGUAAUCCUUUGCUGUUAAAUCUGAAUUUUAAAAACCGUUUUAAAUUUUAAAAAUCAUUAAACCGCUAUGUCUUUUUUUAAUACAUCAAAAUUGUUGCUGAAUAAGAAUAAACUUUCUUUUUCAAAUCUUUCUAAAUUGUUUGGACAUGUUGAAUAAAUAAAUCACGUAGUAUUAAACAACGUAGUAUUACUUAA